AUGCAGAGCGACGAUGUAAUCUGGUCCUGCAUCAAUCCCGGCUUCUGCUCGUAUAAAGUCAAAACGUCAACACAAAACUUUUGUCGAAACGAAUAUAAUGUUACUGGCUUUUGCAGCAGGCAGUCCUGUCCCCUUGCGAAUUCACGCUAUGCUACCGUUAGAGAAGACGAAGGAAUCCUCUACCUUUAUGUCAAAACAAUCGAGCGUGCACACUCCCCAGCUCGCAUGUGGGAGAAGAUAAAACUCUCCAACAAUUAUACCAAGGCUCUGGAGCAGGUCUUCACACUUGCCCCCACCCUCUCGCUGCGUGCUAACACUAUACAGAUCGAUGCUGAGCUGGUACACUGGCCUAAUUUCACCAUUCACAAGUGCAAACAACGCGUCACGAAAAUCACUCAGUACCUUAUCAAAAUGCGGAGGAUGAAGCUGCGUCAACAACCAAAACUUGUGGGUAUCAAAAAGAAGUUGGAUCGUCGGGAAGCUGUUCGAGAAAGAAAGGCUCUUUCCGCUGCACAUAUCGAGCGUUCGAUCGAGAAGGAGCUCAUAGAGCGACUCAAGUCAAAGGCCUACGGCGACGCUCCACUAAAUGUUAACGAAAAUGUGUGGCAGGCGGUUUUGGAUCGGGAAAAGAACGGGAAAGACUUGGAGGAUGGACUAGAGCUAGAAGCAGACGAGACCGAUGAAGAAAACGAGGAAGAGUUGGAGGACAUGGAUGAUUGGGGGGACAGAGAAUUUGUGAGCGAUGUGAGCGAGUCUGAAGACGGAGAUGGCCUUAGCGAUCUGGAAGAUGCUGCCGACUUCGCAGAGCAAGACAAUUCAGAUCAAGAUGAUUCGGACAGCGGAGAAGAACAAAAAGAAAGGCCAAAGGCAACAUUGGGCAAACGGAAAGCUGCACCCACUUCAAGAAAACGACCGGACAAGAAACCGAAAAAAGGUCCCAGGGUGGAGGUCGAAUACGAGAUGGAAAGUGUACCUCUUACCCGGGAGGCACUUGCUUCUUGGUAA